AUGUCGGGGCUUCCUGCUUCCCAGCUCGUGGGGCUCGUGGUGACGGUGUGCUCUGCUGCCGUCCUCGCUGCUGACCUGGCCUCAGACACUGUGACUUGCGUCCUUCUCUUCCUUGCUGGCCGUACCUCAUGGGCGGCAGUGACGGCCGUGUGGCCGCUUCUGGCCGUCGUUGUGACCGUCAUCUUGAACGGCCCUACGGUGCCUGACACGCCAUCAGAUUCUCACGUUAAUGCAAACAAGAAAACUUCAGAAAACUCUACUCGCAGCUCCAAAAAUCAAGCAAGCAACUUGAAACAAUCACAAAAUGAGGCUAUUAACGAAUGCAAACGAAUUGAUGCUAGGAACGGUAAAACAUACCAAGAAAACUUUAAUAAUCAACAGCAACUUCAGCAAGAGCAUGAAAGUGGAAUCGAAGAAAAUGUUGCUAGUAACCACCAAACAUCUGAUAAUAAUGGACAAGAACAAUUUUCCGAUAAUGAUCGAGAAGAAGCAAACGACAGUGACCGCGGCAGACCGGAUGACAGCGGUCUAGCGAGGUCUGCAAAGCAGCAACGUUUCAUUGGCGGAACACUACACAGGUAUAUCAGCCUCUUCGCUCUUCAGCUGCGGAGAGAAGCAGGCGAGAAGCAUAUCGCUGCUGCGGAGCACUCCGCUGCAUUAGUACAUCUGCUGCAAGCUGCCUUGCAGUCUGCACCGCAGCUGCUGCUGCAGCUCUAUGGCGUGCUGCAUCUGCAGCACCAACAGCCGUAUAUAAUUGUUUGUGCCGUGACUUCCCUAACAAACUUGCUGUGGAUCGUCGGAAACUUCGCAUUCUAUCCUAGCAUCCUUCCGGUCCGUCACUCUGAGGACUCGGUACCGAAGACUGGAAAAUCUACGGACAAUCGACGCAUAAGUUCAGGCGUUCAAUCUGAUGGAUUGUCAAGCAUGCGCGAACAAAAGUCUACUCAAAAUUCAUUGAAUGUUUCCAACUCACUCCACCCGAUAAGGAAAGAUCAAGAUAUUUUCAGCAACCAUACAAAAGUCUCCAAUGUCCAAAAUAACACAGAAAAUUCCAUUGUAAAUUCAGAACAGAAAAAUUUCACAGAAGGCGAAAUUAAAACAUCUGGUGGUUCAUCCAACAGAAAUUCUCGAAUUUGUCAUUCCCGAUCAGACUCCGGCCUCGAUAACUCUUAUCGCGGCAGCCAAUCGUUACCGAAGUUCCUAGACUCAAAUAACGACCAUCAGAACGGGUCAAAGUUCUUCAGUCUGCCUUCAAACUCAGGUUAUCAACCCAUGCAGCUUGGCAGCGUCUGCGUCUCGUCUGGUCUCUUAGACGUGCCAUUAAAACCUAUCAAAACGCACAAAUUUGGCAGCGUUAUUACGCUGAAGGAACGCAGCCUCAUGACCAGCAAUAGUCAUAACAACGUACACUGCGUUAACAACAAGGCACUGCGAGACUCUGGCAAUCACUUGACAGCGACUCUGGUGUCAGCUGUGGCAGCUCUGUCAGCUGUGCUGCUGCUGGCAGCGCGUCUGGCAGCGCUGACAGUGACAGCUCUCAUGAUUGGUCCUUGGCUGUACAUGACUGCAUGCGUGCACGUGACGGUGAUGUUCGUGAUGGUGGUGAGCGAGAGGCCGGGCUUCAGUGAUGUCCUGUGGCGAGACGUGGUGAUGAGUCUCACCACAGCUACCGCUUACUGCAUCACUGUCAUACCACUCUCUACCAAAACUACAACAUGGCGGAAGGUUGUUUGUUUCGCCAUAUUGUCACUCGAGGAUUUAUCAGCAGUUACUGCAUUCUUCUUCUUACCUGGUCACUACUGCGCGCAGUACAAACUACUUGUACUGCUGCUUGUCUCUGUACUGUCACUAGUAGGCCUCAGCCUUCAGCUUCUAAGCAAGAUCAUCUUGCGGAGGCAAAAUAAGCGACGACCCCGAGACCUGGAGCUGGGCACCUGCCCCCCUGGGGGCUGCCUGCCGGGGAGCUGCCUGAGUUAUCCAAAAGUUGCUGCCACUCUUGCGCUCCCUGAAGACACGUCAGACGAUUUUUCGGGAGUCAGCGAUUCAAACUACGGAUCUUCUUCUCCAGCUCCGUCUACAGACAACAACGAUGGCUGCGUUCCUCUGGAAAGACAGACUGGGUUGCUGUGUUCGGUCCAGGAUUUACUGGCGAACAUGUCGUGCCUUAAUGAGGACUUACAACUGGAUGAAUCAACAGGCGAAGGAGUUCAUGAAUUAGAGGGCAAUACUAGAGGUACGAAGUGGAGUUCGCGUAGACAAGAUUGUGUGACCGAGUCGGAAGAUCCGAAUCUCCGGUCCACGUGGAAAACGCAAAACGAAACUUGGAACUCUAAAAGACCACUUUCAACUGUGGGCAACCUGUCAUGUCAGAGUAGAAGCACAUCAAGCCGAAUGAACGGUGUUUCAAAAUUCGCAACAGUGUUUCAUACAAGAUCUUUCAACAGAGAUUGCUCGAGCCACGCCCCUGUCCAGACUGGAAGCCUGUCUAGCGUGGCAUUCAAGACUAAUGCCGAUUAUGAGAACUAUCCUCAAGGAGAUUUUCAGUGCACAGAAUAUAAAGAAUCCGGUGAAAUUCCUGCCAUUGCUACAUAUUCACCGUCAUCUCUUGAGCGAUCGGUGACCCGAGAGUUCGAUGAUCGUAUUCAAGUCUUACAAGAUGCCACUCACGACGUUUCUAGUCUCGCCAAUUCCUCUUCAGGUAGCUGCUGUACGACUCCAGGUACAGGGUUGUUACGACAAGUGAGUGCUGCAGAAGGAUAUCGGCACAACAAUCAGCUGCAACACCGCAAAAAUAACUCAUCUUCAAGCAUACUGAGAGCUGUAGACGCUGAACAUGACCUAAUUUCAGCGUCUGAAACAGAAAUGAAGCUCAUCAGCAUCCCGCAAACUUCUCCAUCUUCACUGUACUCUUCGUUGAAUAAUUCUGAGAGUACGGAGUGCGACACGGCCAUCGAAAUGAAACAGACCAGUUUCCAUAGACCAGCUUUGUGCCAUGUGGAGUACAGUACCGUCAGAAAACUGCCCUCAAUAAGGAAGUCUAGGAACGGAAAACAUGAUUACGAAAACGUCUACGACGACAUGCGUGUUGAGGAAAAUAGUCCUGAACAGAAUUGCUUAAAUGCACUCAACGAAAAUUUCGCAAAUGAGACUGGAAAUUGUGGAUCAGAAAUAUGCAUUCAAUCAGCAGAGGAAGCAGAACGCGGUAGAAAUUGUAUGAUGACGGAUCUCUCACAAGCAUGUGGAACAAAUCAUAUCAGUUCUCAGAGUGGCAAUGAGAAGAAGUGUCAUCAAAAUCAUAAUUUACAAGCCGUGCCUACUUCAACUAAGAUAUCAGCUCUUCCUCUGCCGCUUCCUCCAAGGACUUACAUCAUUCGUUACCCAUACCAAUAUUUUCCCCUCCCAGCAAUAAAAGUUCCUGAUGUUGGAAAUCAGUCUACUAACAGCUCGAACCAUGACUAUGAAAAUUUGCCACCAAUGAACGUCAACAGAGGAUUGUUCGGCGUCCGGCACUGGAAGGCCUACCUCGAUAUCGAAGACAGAACUCACGACUAUAGCACUUUCAAAGAGAAGAGCAAAAUAAACAGCACGGCGUCGUCCAGUCUGACAUCAGACUGCAGUGAACUUAAAAAUGUUUCGUCUGGACGCACUAGAAAAAGCCUCGUGGAUGACAGCGAGUCGGUCCUGUCAAGGUCACUGCCGGACCUCAGCAAUCUAGUUCUCGAAGCCUGCAUCGAAGUCCCACCAGAAGAAAAUCAGGAAAUUGGUAACGACAAGAAAGCACUUGAUAAACUACCUGAUAAUGUGAGAUUAAUUUCUGUUCUGAAUACUCUCAGGGCCACAAAAGUUUUGAGAACAAACUCUGUUGAUGAUCUAUCUAACUACGAAACUAUUUGGCUUGACGAUAUUGACGAAACCUUGAAAGCUGAGAAACAAGCAUCAGACACUUCUAAUAACACAGAACAUUCAUCCCUGAUUACAACAAUUGGAGACGUAAAGACAAAAGGUUCUCUUUGUAAUUUGUACUAUAGUACUAUGAGCGAUCUGUCAAGGAGAUUUUAUAGUGAGACCUUGCUUCGGCAAAACUCUUCACGACUCCAAACCUCACUUUGUGGGGUUUCGAGAGGAGCUCCUAUGGAGGUGGUGCACCUCGGCAUCAUGGACAGAAUCUCCUCCAGGUCAUCGGUUAGGUCUCAACGAGCACAGGGACUUCAAGGUAUUGCAGAACUUGUCGAACCAACUGACGUCAAUUUCGACAAAAAAGCAGCAGAUGAUUUGCCUAAAACGCCAACACCAGAGUUGAACUUGGAUUUCGAUUAUAAAAAUAUUAACGGCUUUACGGCGCCCCAAAACCUAAACACAUCAGUUAAUAUAAAUGAAGGCCUAGAAAAUCGGCCGAGACGUAAACUAUCAAUGAUUAGGGAAAAAUUCGAAGGUCAAAGAUGGACGUCGCUUAAGUCCCCCUUAAAGUUUCAUUCGCCUGCCAAGGCAAUCCAAGCGGGUCUUCGUGUCUUCAACAGGCCCAGGGUUCAUAUCAUCACACCGAGCGACGAAGACGAAGUAGAAACAUUUGGAGAUAAACUCAAAAGUCCCUUCAAAUCUAAACCAAAAAUUGUGAGCACCCCACCUCCUACUUGCGUUGGUAAGGAUGAUAAUAAUACGUAUGCAAAGCCUUUUGAAGAUGCAAGUAAUCUUACGCAGCUUAGGAGUAAGAAAAUAACACCAAAUUCCCGCCUUCUGACUUCAAGCCAAUCAUGUUUUUCAUCAGUUAGUGUUGCACAAGAAACCCCACUUCCUAAUUCUGUCAGGUCAGUUCAAAAGACGCCAAAAACGAGCACUCCAGACAACGCUAGAAACAAGAAGAACAACAGAUGUGAGUCGUCGAUAGAUUCUUCUAAAUGUGAUUCCCUUGUGGCUUCUGCUCCCAAACACAGCACUCCUGAAGGCAUUGCUCAUCACUUGCCGCAACUCAGCGCCAUCAGCGGCCUGUCAAGUGUCGUCGAGUCUCCGGAAUUGUCUCGAAUAAAUUCAACAUACGGACCAUUGCCGAGAACCUACUCGUCUGCCCGCGGCGUCGAGGGCGCCAUGAGGAGGCUUCCAUUGUCAGAGAAUGUGAGGCGAGGAGGGGACAGAGUUGAUAACUAUGGACGGAAAAUUUCUUUUAAUGACACAGAUAGAAAAAGCGAAGUCAUUCCUGUAAACUUCAACGAUUGUGGAAUUGGGAAACGCUCUCAAUUAUCGAGGAAAGAUUCUCACACAAUGUUCAAAGAAAACAAUUAUGAUCCUCAAAAUAUAACUAGAGUUAAGGCUUCACCUCAUAACAACUACUUAGGCUUUCAUGGUCAACAAGAAACGAGUUACAGCAAAAUGCCGAUGCUAUAUCCGCGAAUAUCCGAAGCCUAUAGAGAUAAUAAUAUAUUUAUCGCUCCUCUGCCAGUGGCCACUUAUGGCAUCAAUAACCAAAAAUCGACGCUCACUCCCAAUUCUAAAAUUUUCGACAGGAAAAUAUAAAUAUGUUGGAUCUUUUUUAGUAUCCAGACGACGAGCUGAAAUCCAAAGAUAGGUGCUGGAGAACCAAAAUAUGACCUGGUCGACUUUUCUCCAUAGAAAAUGAAAUGAAUGGGAAAUUUUUUAAAAAUCUUAUUUAGGAAUGCAAAUGUGAUCUCAAUUGAUCUUUCCGUGUUUCUGUUAGGUUACAUCUUUUUCCUAAAUCACAUUGCCUGCAAUCAGCUAUGAAGUAAGACUUUUUACCAUCUGUUAUCCCUAACUAUCAAUUUAUGUCCUGAAACUGUCUUUUCAUUACGCCAUCUGAAAAACUAAAUUUAUACGACCGCAGUCUAAAUUAUUAUUAUAAUACAUGUUUUUUCUUGUGUUCGCUAAUCAAAUCAUUGUUAGAAAGAUUCGUAAGACUGUGAUGUGUUCGCGCGUAUAAUAUACCUCUUCUUCUUGUCUUUACUGUUCUUCAUUAAUAUUUAGUCGAGUAUCAAAUAAUUAUAAUGAUUAAUUCUGUUGCUUUAAUUAAUCUGGAAACGCAUUCCUUCAUUAAUCCUGUGAAUGCUAAUGUAAUUUUUUAAUCGGACAUGUAAUGUAUGACGAUAUUAUACUUGCGUGCAUGGUUCAUAUUUGUCUUCUGGUGUUAUUUUUGUGUCUAAUGAUCUUUGCAUCAGUUCGCCAAUUCUCGUACUAUCUGCCGUCAAAAAGGAAGCAAGAUUUACAUAUUAUGCAAGAGAAAUUCUUAAGAGUGUAUUUACGGCAUACAAUAUGCUGCGACUUUGGAUAGCUAUGCAAAUAACUCUGCUUUUGUUGUGAAAUUUCAGUCAGAAAUAUUAACCGAAUUAUCGCUUUUAUCAGGAGCAGAUUUGCUGUUGGUGAGAGCCAUAGAAGGAUAUAAAUUGUGAUCAGAUAACACUUUUCAUUACAUAGGAUGUCAAAAAGAUUAUAGUCAUAGCUCAAUAUUGUCUAGUCUAUAAUUUACAUGUGAUUAAAAUAUGAUCUUUUAUCAAAAAAUAAUUGACCGAUAG